AUGGUGAAGGUUGCUUUACUCGUUGUUACCGUGUGCGCUUUGAUUUCCAGCUGUAUCCUGGCUGAAGGACUGCCGCUGCGUCGUACUCGAAUCGUGAAGAAAACACCGACGGAUCAUUUGCAGAUGGUCACUGUUCCACCCGCUCGCAGAAAACGCUUCAGUCUUUUUAAAGGAGACCAAAGGCAAGGAAGAAGUCAAAGAUUGGUUAGUUCACUGCUGAAAUCUUGA